CUCCGAUUCGUGUUUGCUCUUUCCCAAAUCGGAACUUCUCUACGACGCUACACUUUUCCACUCUCCAAACUCACACACUGUGCAGCCUCACGCUCGGAAAUCUUGCAAGUGAGUGUGACAGCCAUGUUGCUGGAGGAGGACGAGAAGCCCGGUUUUAAGCAGUGGCUGCUGCCAAAGCUCGAAGUAAUCUCCGAUGCUUCACCCGAAGUUCUCGCCGAUUAUGCCAUUGCUCUCGUCACCUCGGGUGGUUCUGUUGAGGUUGUGAAGCGGAAUGCGGUAGAGGCUCUUUCGGAGUUUCUUCAUGAUUAUGCUGGGCCAUUUGUGGAUGAAGCGGUCGCGGGGAUUCAGCGUAAGAGUUGGGCUGUCAAAGCGGAACUCGGCAAAAAGUCAUCUGUGAGGACUGGCUCGAGGACUACUGGGACGAAAGCCAUUGCUUCACCGUUGGUUGGACGGAGAGGCCAGGCUAGAAAAGCUGGUGUUAAGUUGGAGGAUCAACCGACCUCCACUCCCCAAGACCCACCGACUGGCCCUGCAGCUCUAAGAACGCAGCCGACUACCUUGAAGCCAUAUGACCACAAGUACAACAACCAGGGAGAGAAACCACGGAAAAGGAAACUUGACGCUGAGAUUCCCAAUAACCACGUCCAAGCUCGUCAAAGCCCAAUUGCGAAUCAACAUGCUCGACCUGCUAAAAGGCAGUCUGUACAGCAAGUGGGAAACCUACCCCGUGACCACAUACAUACUGGAGGAAAUGGAAGAACCGCUCAAUUUCACAAUCCAAACCGAUUUCCUACAGCAACCACGGGUUUUGCUCCUACUCUAUCAACAUCGUUCGCUUCACCUCAGAUCGAUUUUUCAAAUCCAGCCGCAUUUGCUACCCACAUGGUCAACAUGCUGAAUAUGAGGUUGUCUGCAAUGAAUACAACGACUGCUGGACCAGGGGGCGUGCCACACUCUUCAAUUAACAGUAUGAGAUGCAGGAGCUUGGAUCUGCAAGGAUUUUGCAUCUUGGGAAUUGCCUGUCCGUUCGAUCACACCGGCAUGCCAGCAACUGGCGGAGUACCAGGGUAUGACCCAAACAAUCCAUCGCUUGCUGUUCAAGCAAAGGCUGCCACUAGUAACACUCACUCGGCAUCAUCACGAUAUGGAGAACCCAAGAUUUUCCAAGGCGGACGGCAUGCUAUCGCUGGACGUCCACUCAACACCAAGCUAGUAGUAGAGCACAUCCCCGAGAAUUGCUUCACCGUGAAUCAUGUGCGGCAGUUUUUCGCACAAUUCGGCAAUAUCAUCGACGUGCAACUACAAAAUCCGAACCGACUAGCUACAAUCGAGUUUGAGAACCAUGAUAUGGCUCAGCGAGCCUACGAUAGCCCCCGAGUAAUUUUCAAUAACAGGUUUGUGAGGCUCUAUUGGCAUAAAACUCGACAGGCAGAUGACAAUGGGUCGACUGCGGCGCGUUAUGGGGAAGCCUUCGAAAGACAACAGGACAAAGCUCAGAAAGCCUUUCAAGAGAGGCAGAAGAGGCUAAAAGAGAAAGACGCCAAAACCGAGGAGAUCGAGCGAAAGCUUCAAGCCAAGGAAGAAGAGAUCAAACGACUUCGACGAAACAUCGCAGAGAAGACGAGUGACAAACACGAGAAAGAAAGGCUAAUGUCAGAGAGUGCCAUCUUGACAGAUCUGUCUCUGCUGCAGGCCGAAGCUGAGGGACUGUUUGCUGCUCGUCGCGAUUCAAAUGCGUCAUCCGCAGGUGCCGGUGGCUUUGUGCGCAGGUUUGAUCGUGGACGUGGCAGAGGGGGCAAGCUUCGAUGCGCUGUGAAAAGGGUGGACAAUCGACCAAGGCGUCUCGCCAUUGCUGGAAUCGAACCUGGUUCAGAGAGGGAUUAUGCCAUCAAGUCGUACCUGGCCAAUACGGAAGGCUGCGAGGAUGUUGAUGCGCAUUUGGAGCAGGGCAACACAUUGGUCGCGAGCUUUUCGGAGCGAUACCUGGCAGAAAAGUUCCUCGACGAAUCUGCAUUCAUCCCAGGAGUGGGCAGGCUACGGCUUCGGUGGGUAAUGAAUGGAGAAUCGGUGGUAGCGGCGGGACCGAAUGAGCCGGCAACGGCUGAGCAGGAUACGGCUGCAAUGCAGACGGAAGCGGAUGGUGAGGAUUUUAGCGCGAAGAAGGAGGGCAACGAGAUGACUAUCAAGGUGGAGGACGACGAUUUGGAUGUUGCCGAGGAUGCAGACCAGUGGGCUUGA